AAAGGGUUCCGCCCACGAGCAAUGGAGACAUCCGGAUGUUGUUUCAAAACAGCAACAAACGCCAUGUGGUCGAGUUCAGAUUUUCUGGGCUUUUUUAGAUUGAGAAAUUAGUCUGCUACGGAAGUUUGCUUCCAAGUGACGUCUUUUAACAAGUCUAUUUCUUCGAAACUCUAAAAAGCCGUAAAAAGGAGAUACGUUUCGGGUUUGGAAAUGAGUGAAACAGAAAUGGACGACGGACAAUCUGGAUGGACCACAGCAGACGUCCUGAAGCUGAUCGGUGCCAUAAGGAGCAGCGUCCCGGAGAAGGAGAAGACGCGGGGUUAUCGAAAUGGACUCUCCGCGGUAGACUGGGAUGAAGUAGCGUUCCCUCCCUUUUCUCCGGAGGAUUGCCAAGAAAAGUGGACAAGUAUAAUGGCAAAGAUGCGCAAGUUUCGGAGUCUCCCAGAGCUCAUUGUCGAAGCUGAACAUGUCAUUUCCAAUCCUCUCCGUCACAAAAAGAUCCACCCAGAGCUCCCAAAAUGUCCCUCUCCUCCAAGAACGGCUUAUAUCCGGAGGAACUUUUCCACAUUUAAAAAACAGCACCCAGGCCUGACCAUAGACAAGAUCAGGAAAAUAGCUGACAAGAAGUACGAUGAGCUUCCAGAUGAAGAGAAGGCUGAAUAUGAGCAGGAGCACGCCCGCCGGCGCAAGGAAUACGAGAGGAGGAUGCAGGACUUUUGUAAGAAUAACAAACUACCUGAGACUCGGACAACGGAACGGAAAAAGAGAGUCCCUGUAAAUGAAGAUGAAGGCCUGCCGGAGCAGCCACCUAUAAACGGUCUCACUCUGUUCAGCAAGGAUUGUGCUAAAGCAGCUAGAGGCUCACAUGGAGCCGGGUUUUGGAAGGUUGUGGGCCAGCGCUGGAAAGAACUGAGUGAAAGAGAGAGAAUGAAGUACAACACACGCUGUAGAGAGAUGAAGGAGGAGUAUAAUGCCAAGCUGACGGAGUAUCUGGAUAGGUUUGAUGACGCAGAGAAGCAGCGGAUCAUUGAAGAGAACGGCAUCAGAUUACCAAAAAAGCCUUUGGUAAGAUGA